AACUAUGCAGAGUGGGGGAGGGGUGAUUGAGAAGUGUGUGUGUGUAGGGGGGGAUAUUAUGGGAUGCCUGCCCCCUGAUCUCUUUGUGUGUGUGUGCGCGGGCGCGGGGUGUGAGUACAGAGAAAGAGGAGACGGCGUCGUGCGCACACGCUGCCACAAAAACACGGAAAUAUAUUUAAAUGGUUUGUUUCCCGUUAACGGAACACAAAGAGCUGCAGACUGAACCGACUGACAGAAGCUCAACUUAACACACCACCAGGACUUGGACCGACUGAAGUCUGGAUCUGCCUGCACAUAAAUAACUUUAUUCAGUUAGCUUUAGCUGCGAGCUAACUAGAUAUAAAGUUAGUUAUGUCUGGAAGUGAGGACGACAGAGAUGAUUACGGAGAGGAUCGAUUACUGCACGACGAGGAGGAGGAGGAGAUCUCGGAGAGUGAGACUCCGAAGGUGAAGAAGAAGAAGAAAGCCAAGAAGAGCAAAGAGAGCAAAGGCAGCAAGAGGCGGUCGCGCAGAGAGGAGCUUCCCAUCAGCUCCCCAGAGCCCAUGGACGUGGGCGUACUGGAGGAGGCAGAAGAUGGCGCUGCCGCCCAGCGUUCCGACAGCGAGGGCAGCAACUACACUCCGGGGCGCAAGAAGAAGAAAAGAGCGAGCAGCGGCAAAGAGAAGAAGAGGAGCAGCAGCGGCACCGACAGGAGCGCCUCCAAGAAGAAAGACCCGGAGCCCGAGGAGGACGAUGACGACGACGAUGACGACGGCAUGGAGCCGAAGACGUCGUCUCAGCUGCUCGAUGAUUGGGGGAUGGAGGACAUCGACCACGUGUUCACGGAGGAGGAUUACCGCUCGCUGACCAACUACAAGGCCUUCAGCCAGUUUGUGAGGCCCCUCAUCGCCGCCAAGAACCCGAAGAUCGCCGUGUCCAAGAUGAUGAUGGUUCUGGGAGCAAAGUGGCGUGAGUUCAGCACCAACAACCCCCUGAGAGGAGCCGCCGCCGCCAACGCCGCCUUGGCCACCGCCAACGUCCCCGCCGCCGUGGACACCAUGGUGGCCGAGGUCGCCCCUGUUGCUGCAGAGCCGCCGGCCCCGGUGGAGCCUCAGCAGCCCCCUCCGCCGCCGCUACGCAAGGCCAAGACAAAGGAAGGCAAAGGUCCCAAUGCCCGCAAGAAAUCGAAACCUACGCCUAAACCACAAGAGAAGAAGAACAGCGCCAAGACAAAGAAAGUGGCGCCGCUCAAAAUCAAACUGGGAGGCUUCAACAGCAAACGGAAACGCUCGUCGAGCGAAGAGGACGAGCCGGACGUAGAAAGCGACUUUGAGGACGGCAGCAUGAACAGUGUCUCCGUCUCCGAGGGAUCAAACAGCCGCAGCAGCCGCAGCAAAAAGAAGGCGUCCAAGAGCAAACCCAAGAAGAAGAAAGAAGCAGAGGACGGAGACGGCUAUGAGACCGACCACCAGGACUACUGCGAGGUGUGCCAGCAGGGCGGCGAGAUCAUCCUGUGUGACACCUGCCCCCGAGCCUAUCACAUGGUGUGUCUGGACCCCGACAUGGAGAAAGCCCCCGAGGGCACCUGGAGCUGCCCGCACUGUGAGAAGGAGGGCAUCCAGUGGGAGGCGCGGGAGGAGGGCUCCGAGGUCGAGGAGGAUAACGGCGAGACGGGCGAGAUGGAGGAGGACGACCACCACAUG